AUGGACCCGAACGGGUCUUGGUCACCGGUCGUACCCAACGACACAUCAUGGCCGAGCGCUCGACCACCGGUCAAACAUGCCGGACUUCUGCUGAUCCUCAUCCCGAUGAUAACCAUACUCGGAAAUUUGCUCGUCAUCAUAUCCGUGCUACGAUACCGGGCCCUACAAACUGCGAUAAAUUUUCUUAUUCUUGGCCUUGCUGUUGCCGAUCUUCUAGUCGCACUAUUCGUCAUGCCAUACGCGGUUUAUGUACAUGUGCAGCGAGGAGAAUGGUACUUAGGAAACCUGAUGUGUGAUAUUUACAUGGCAUCGGAUGUCGCGUGUAGUACGGCAUCCAUCCUACUCCUUGCUAUUAUUAGUUUUGAUAGGUAUCGAGCUGUAAGCCAUCCAAUACAGUACUCCCGCCAGUCCCAGAACGUUCGACGAGUUUUCGCGAUGAUCUGUGCCACAUGGGUGAUAUCACUACUGGUCGCUAGCCCUAUGGUGUUUGGCGUGAAUGUUCGACCGCCAGACGCAAAUCCACACGAAUGUCGUUUUUACAAUGCCGAAUUCUCCAUUGGCUCUUCAAUCAUCUCAUUUGUGAUUCCGUGCAUUUUGGUGCUUUUCGUCUACAUCCGAAUUCUCAUUGCGUUGAAGAAACGCGAAAAGGCCGCAAAAAUGCGUCGACUGAAAAACCUUGCAGCCGGUGCGAGCUCAACAACUCGAACGGGAAGUAGCGAAGAUGGAGACGAAGCGGGUCAAAUUGUCACCGGGCCAGAAGAGAAUGAGUGUAACGUCUCAAACACUCCGCACUCAAGCAUGGACUCACUUUCUGACGCUCCUAAUGUUGUCGCGAAUGACUUCGUUUCCGAAGGAUUUUCGAGGAAGUUUUCAAAUGGUGAGAAUAGUCAAGCUACCUCAUCACGCUCAUCUGAUGAAACUCGAUCGUCUUUCAAGUCAAAAGCAAAGUUACGGCAGUCCUUCCGAUUCCGCAAAAAUCUGACAGCGCCAUCGGAUGCAGAAAAUCGUCGCAGCAGUGAUGCCAUACUUCCUACUAUCCUGCGGUCGAUUUCGCGACGAAGUCCUAGAAUAUUUAGGAAAGGAGUUAGCGCGGAAACUGAGACGAUGAUCUUAGCGAAUCCGCUUGUAGACUGUACAUCUAAUGAGACAAAGAUGAAGGCUGAAAAGAUGACGUCCUGUCAAACAGAAAGCGAAACCAUUUCACCGCUAAUGCAAGAUGUCGUUCCCGUUCCGUUUAGUCGAAGUACUACUGCAAACAGUGGUGAACUUAUAGCUACAGAAGAUUGUACAGCAAUAACGUAUGCGAACACUGCUGUGGACACUCCAACAGAUUCACAACAUACGGUCAAAUUCGCUUUAUCAGUCCAAGAAAUAAAGGAAUUGACAAAGAAAAAUAGCGAAGUGAAACCAAACACGAAUCCACAACCGACAAAAGAAGAGAGGACUUCAUCCGGACGACUUGUUGCCGCUCCUAAGACGUCUUUGCCCGAAGAAAAGGAAAAAGAAGCAAAGGAAGUAAAGGAAAAAGAGGACUCGGAUAGUUCGCAGAAAAAAUCCCGAUCAUCACUCAAGUCAACUGACUCCCAAGCUUUCAAAAAUCUUCGAAAUGGGAUAGCGAGUAAGAUUGCCAAGAAGACGCUGAAGCACGAGCAAAGCUUGAAACGAAAGGUGUCGAAGUCGCAGAGGAAAGAAAAGAGAGCCACAAAAACUCUCGGGGUUGUUGUCGGAGUUUUUCUCAUCUGCUGGGUUCCAUUUUUCUUCAUCAACAUUGUCAAUGCUGUUUGCGUCCUGCUGAACAAAGAUUUUUGCCAGGUCGGGUUCGACCUCUUCUUCUACUGCACUUGGAUAGGCUACAUGAACUCCUUCAUGAACCCGAUCAUCUACACCAUCUUCAACACCGAAUUUCGUCGCGCUUUCAAGGCGAUUCUCUUCGGCAAGCCGGGCCAUGGCUUCCACAAACAAGUCCACGUCUAA